AUGAGCACGGAAUUCACCGUUGUCGAGGAGGCCACCCGCCCGGGGGUGAUUGUGAGCGCCCAGGACGGGUGGAAGCUGUACCAAAACCAUGUCAAUUCGAUGAACCUUGCUUGGCAAAUGUCGCAAACAUACCUGACGAGCUGCACUCUGAAUGCGUGGGAAGCGACGGACUAUCAGUUUAGGAUGCGCUAUGUUGCGGCUGCUUCCGGCGUCCCUCCCAACGCGUUCACCCCGGAAGUGCUAGCCGCCGCUGCCGCCUUUCACGGCCAGCCGCCCUUCCAGCCAUUCUGGAAUCCAUUCGGUGGG